AAAAACUUUUUUAAAGCAUAAUAUACUAAUGCACACUGAACACCUACGCUUUCGUCCCCUCGUAACCAACCAACCUGCCACUUCACGCGUCACACAAUGCUGCGCGCUCUAGCGGCUUCUUCCUCCGCCUGUUUCGCCUCUCCUAUUCUCGAUUCUUCUUCUUCUUCUAUCUCAAAACCCUUCUUUUCUCUCUCUAAGCCUUUCCUUUCUCUCUCUAAGCCCUCCCCGUUUCCUCGAAACACCAGACGCUUCUCUUUCUACAAAGCUCCCAUGAACAUCCUUAACAAGCUUGGCUUCGGCACCAAAUCCUCAGACCCAUCCGCCACGGACUCCUCCAUCCCUCAGGGCCCAGACGACGAUGUUCCAGCUCCAGGCCAGCAGUUCGCCCAAUUCGGCGCCGGAUGCUUCUGGGGAGUCGAAUUGGCGUUCCAGAGAGUGUCGGGCGUGACCAAGACUGAAGUGGGUUAUAGUCAGGGGAUUUUGCAUAAUCCGACCUACGAGGAUGUUUGCACCGGGACUACAGGUCACAACGAGGUGGUGAGGGUGCAAUAUGAUCCCAAAGCGGGUAGCUAUGAGAGUCUGCUUGAUGCUUUCUGGGCUAGGCAUGACCCCACCACCCUGAAUCGCCAGAUGCAUCAUUUUGUAUACCGAAAACCCUUGAAGCUUGAACUUUCAAAAAGACCAGAAGGGGUUGGAUUGGAAGGUAUAGUGUUUUCUCAAUACGUUUUGACAUUAGCCAAUCUCAAAUUGUUGGGGACAUUAAUGACAUUAGCCCAUUUAUCUGCUGAAGCUGUUGUGUUUUUUUCUUUAAAACCGUCCUAUUGCUUUUGACGUUCUAGGAAAAUGUCUGGAUGUAAACAGAUUUUUAAUGUCAAUUCUGAUAACCGUGAGGCAUCCACCCGCUGUCAUCCUGUAUGGGCUUUGUAUUCUAAAUACUAUCUUGGUUUGAUGGUAGAUCAGAACUGAAAUUUCAUUAUCUUUUGUUACAAGUAUGAGUCAUUGAUUCUUUUGAGAUUGCAUUUGCAGGUGAUUUUUCGUAGUUAUGCUAAUAGGUCACAAUUGUCAAAAGUCAUUUUCUCCAUGUAAAUUUUCAUGAGCAUCAUCUCACUCGUAGGUACUGAUUUACUAAAUGUUCACCUGGAUGGAUUAAUUACUCAACCUAGUAAUUGAUUGUGCUCUGAAUUUUAAUCAUUUUCAAUUUGUGCAUAUUGUUGUAAGUGGAAUUCUGUGUGGCUGCCUGGCUUGUCAUUUUUGCGAAUGCUUACACACUGU